GCGCCUGCGCCGUGUCGGUGGCGCCUCCUGGGAGCCGGUGAGUCUCCUCUCUGCCCCCCUUAGGGUGCCCUGGGGAGAAGGGGGUCCCAGGGCUGCAGGGGAGGGGAGGCGUCUGCCCCCUUCCUCUCUGCAAAGCCAGAUGGAGAGUUCUGCUGUGGCUCCGCUGCAACUCUCCUCUCUCUGGCUCUGUCCGCUGCCUGCCACUUGGGGGAAGGGUCUUUGGGUCAGGGAAAGAGAGCAUGCAAAUAAACCCCAUUAAGAUGGAUGAAAAAGUCGCAUUUAUUAACAGAGGUCGUAGCCGACUUCAACAUUCAGACAACACAUACGACAAAAACAAAAACAAAAAAACCCCUGCCAAAACUGACCUAUGCAAUGAAUGAAUGAACUUCUUGCAAUACAGAUCCACCUUUAACACCCAGUUAUAAGUGUAUUUGCAAAUAUGUCAGGCAAAACUGAUUACGGUGGAAUUAUAGAGUGAUUGGGUGAUGCAAAUAAUUUAUAUGUAUUUUAUAUCUGACUUCACUUAGCAAUGUUUUGAAAUGUUUAAGAUUUUUUUGGUUAACUUUGUGUUACAUAUGUAUACUGUAGUUGACCUUCUCCUUUGUAAUGUUUUCUUUUGAAAUCUUUUAAGAUAAUAUUUUAGCUCCCUGUUAAUUAUGUUGCUUUGACUGUAUACUUCAUAUCCGACUUUCUUCAAAAAUGUUUGAUUCUGGAUUGUUUUAUUGAUGUUUAAUAUGCUGUAAACGGCUUUGAGAUUUUUCUUAAAAAUAUAAAGCGGUAUAGAAGUGAAAUGAAUAAUAACAAUAAUAAUAAUAAUAAUAAUGUGGAACAUUGGAAGACGGAGGGCAAAGAAAAGAAAGUGCUUCUUUAUGCAGUGCAGAGUCAAACCUGGUACACUCCAGUGCUUGGGGCAAGGAAAGAAGCUGGGAGAUGCCUCAUAUCGGAGUGGAGGGAAAACCUGGUUGAAUCAACCGGACACUGGUGAGGGCUCAUCAUGGACUCUACCCAGUGGCAGGGAAGGCAUCACAGAAGCUUCCAUUGCACCCUCAUUGUGCCACCCAGGUAGUGUGGAAUCCUUUACAGUCGGCAGCCGCUCACUGUGACUUUUUUGCAAAUCCUUUUGAGGAUAAAAUCACUUGAAUCCACCCAGACCUUGAGUUUGCUGUAACAGCAGAUGAAUCUCAUGGGGUGUCCAGAGCCCAGUCUAGUCCUGUUGUGUUGGAUGAGUUUCAGUUAGUGAGGCUCGCAGAUGUGGACUAAGUGCACAGAUCAGUCAGUGCAACCACUUGCAGUCUGGACCUUUGUCCUUCUUGGAGGAUAAGAAAUAGCACUGAGGUCCAGCGCCAAGGGCCUUCUGGCGGUUCCCUCGCUGCGAGAAGUGAGGUUACAGGGAACCAGGCAGAGGGCCUUCUUGGUGGUGGCGCUUCCUUGUGGAACACCAUCCCAGCAGAUGUCAAGGCAAUAAACAACUAUUUUACUUUUAGGGAAGUUUUUUAUGUCUGAUGCUGUAUUGUUUUUAAUAUUCGGUUGGAAGCUGCCUAGAGUGGCUGGGGAAAACCAGCCAGAUGGGCGGAGUAUAAAUUAUUAUUAUUAUUAUUAUUAUGGCAGGGAGGAGACAGCUGGCUGGGCCAGGGAGGUGGUCAUUGCCUCCCUGCAUGAGUGGGUAGUCCCUUCCUGCUUGAAGGAGGCGGGGGCAGAACCAACCACAUCUCAAGAAACCCUCCCUGCAUUUGGAAAAUCCAAAUAACUGCAGGCCAGUUGCCAGCCUCCCCUUAUUGGGCAAGGUUCUUGAGAGGUUCAUAACGGACCAGAUCCAGGCGUUCCUGGAGGGAAUUGAUUUUCCAGAUCUGUUUCAACUGGGGUUUAGGCCCAGUUUUGAACAUGUGUAUCUGGGCCUCAGAACAAAGACAAAAGGACGCCACCAAAGUAGUAUGCCUUGAGAACAUUGCAGAUUUCAAGUGUUAGAAAAAGUGACCGAAGCAGGAAAGAAAUGUGCACUGGAGUGGGAGGGAGAGCAACUCUUGAGGACCCCAGGGUUAGCAGCCCAAGUCUAGCCCAGUGUCCAAAUUACACUCGGUACAAAUGACUCUUUAAUCGCACUUCUAACUGCCUACGUUCACUGAAAACACUGAAAGGUGGAAGAAACCAGGCUUUUCAUCUCACAGAAAUCCCUUCAACUGCCUGCACAUCUUGCAUGAUCACAUUCCUCCUGGCAGGUCUAGAACAGGCAUCUCCAAACUUGGCCCUCCAGAUGUUUUGGGACUACAAUUCCCGUCAUCCCUGACCACUAGUCCAGUUAGCUAGGGAUGAUGGGAGUUGUAGUCCCAAAACAUCUAGAGGGCCGAGUUUGGGGAUGCCUGAUCUGGAGGCUUGCUUCUCCUUCCUUUUUUUGUUAAAGGAAGUCCAGAGUCUGCGCUGUGGUGCAGUCCGGUCCUGGUUCAUAGCAAGACUCAGCCAUGCGUAAUUUAGGGAACAUUUUUAUUCUCCUGACCGUGUAUCAAUUUUAUAAUGGAACAAUCUAUUUGCUUUGUAGAAGUUGCUAGCCCCUGUUGGCAAAAGACCAAGGGAUUCGUUCCGAUAUCUUGGAAACUUCCUGGGAGCCCAGAUGGAUGAGCAAGACUCAGCUGGCCCUGAAGCAGGAAGAGGUUAUGCUAUCCAAACUGGGAGCAGUGGGGGAUUCUGGGAAAACUCUGUGCAGAAGAUCCUGGGUGAGGAGGACACUCUCUGCUCAGAUUUGCAGAGCCAGCAAUUCAGGCAGUUCUGCUACCAAGAGGCCAAAGGACCCCGAGAAGUUUGCAGCCGACUCCACCACCUUUACCGUCAGUGGUUGAAGCCAGAAAGGCAUACAAAAGCUGAGAUGCUGGACCUGGUGAUCUUGGAGCAGUUCCUCACUGUCCUUCCACCACAGAUGGAGAGCUGGGUGAGGGAAUGUGGAGCGGAGACCAGUUCCCAGGCGGUGGCCCUGGCCGAAGGUUUCCUCCUGAGUCAGGCAGAGGAGAGGAAGCAGGCAGAGCAGCAGGUGAGAGAGACUUUCCUCUAGGUAAUCCUAAGGGGCUCUGAACAGAAGGGAGAGUAUCCCCAAACUCUCUUCUAAUGGCCCAUCUAUUUUUGGAAGGUGAAUGGUAUUAGAUACCCCUAUUUCCCCUCAGCCAUUCCUUUUCCAAUCCUUCUUCCCAUUCUCUGUUUUGAAUCCUUGUUUCUCUUUCAGGGAACGGAUCUGUUUACAGAAAGGAGCCUGGAUUCCCCUGAGGCAGAGAAGACUCCGUUGGACGCCAGAGAGAGGCCACUGGGUAAGGAGGAAGGAGCUUUUUCUCUGUUUGCUCACAUUCUGUUCGUUUUGGAACUAUUCUGUAGGUUCUUUUAAUCAUUUGGGGCCAAGAGCCCAAAGGAGGGGAGAUGUAUUUUUGCACAACUAACGUAUGAAAUGGGUACAAACAUCAACAUUCACUCAGCAGGUGAGGCUUUUAGAAAGGCUCUUCUGUAUUCAGUGCUGCUUAUACCUCUGAGAAGCAGGCACUAAGACUUCCCACUUACCUUUUUGUUCUGCAGCUGACAGAAGGACGAUGGCAAGAGCUCCUCAUUCAUCUUUUCCUGGUGGAGGGGAAGCAGUGGCUGUGGAAAGAAUUCAGGUAGGAGGAAGGAGCAUUGUGGGGAAGGAGGCUGAGGGACGGGGCAGCCAGGUGCCUCUGGGUCAGGAUGAAUCCCUCUCCUCAUCUUGGUUUCUGUCAUGCCUGUCCUUAACAAAGGCUUAAAAUGCAAUUCCAGAAGGUUAAUAAACAACCAUCUCACCUUAACUGGCCUUAUGAAUAUUGCUGGUAUUAUUUAUCUGUAGUUUUAGUUUUAUUUAUUGAUUUCCCAUUUAAUAUUAAAAUAGGCUUCCAACCAUAAAAAUAAUAGUGGCCAGGAUUCACCAAAUGAGCCCCAUCAGUUGCACUUUCUCCCUCCUUCCCCUCCUGUGACCCCCUGCACCCCCUUGAAGUUGGUGUUAGGGCAUUGGGGAGGUUUCCCCUCCAGAUCAGCAGACGGGGAGAGGAAAAGGGAUCCUUCCAUCUGGGAAACAGGGACGCUUGCGCAGACUGAUUUGAGGAACGCCAUGUGGAGCUCCACCCAUUUACACAUAGAUUAAUACCCAUUAUUAAAAGACACAAUGAAAGACAUGUAAAAGAGGCAUCCAUAAUUAAAAUGUGCAACGAAACAAUCCCAUUAAAAGAACACAGCAAUUAACAGGCAGAAAACAACAAAGCAAUGUGUGAUAGAUAAUGUUUUCUAAGAAGAAGACUUUCCCCUUUUUAUAUUAGGGUCCGGUGUGCUUUGAAGAUGUAGCUAUUCAUUUCACAGACGAUGAGUGGGCGUUGCUGGAUCCUGACCAGAGAGCUCUGCAUAAGGAAGUCAUGGGGGAGAAUCAUGGGAUCAUGGACUCUCUCGGUAAGGCUCCCUGUUGGAUCAUGAUACCUGUUUUGAAAUUCAGUACGAAUCUGUAUGAGAUGAACCUCAAGUAUUUUGAUGGAGCUAAACGACAACAUCCACAGCAGGCUUCUUCAACCUCGGCCCUCCAGAUGAUUUUGGCCUACAACUCCCAUGAUCCCUAGCUAGCAGGACCAGUGGCAAGGCAUGCUGGGAAUUGUAGUCUCAAAACAUCUGGAGGGCUGAGGUUGAGGAAGCCUGACCUACAACAUCUGGGAUUUUGACAGCCCCACAGUGAACCGUGAAUGGAGAGUUUUCUACUGUUUUAUCUGUGAAUAUUCUUCCUCCAAUUUUGCCUAUUUAAACCAUGAUCUGGCUGGUCUGAACUGCCCUGACCAUUUUAAAUGUAGGCUUCAGAGUGGUUAGGUUCUGUUAUGUUCUCAUGUCUUUCCUUCUUUCUGUCUGUUCUUGGUAGACCAAAGAGACUUCUGACAUGGGAGAUGGAUUGGAUUCCAUUAUUAGAUCAAACAAAAUCCAUCAAAGAAAAGAGCCAGGGUUUUUGAAUCUCGGGUUCACAUAAGUAUGUCUGUUAAUGCUUGUCAGAAAAGUCAGUGAACCCUGUAGUAAGACUUUUAGUAAGUUACCAUUGUUUAUUAAUCUAUGGCCUGUAAAAGUGUGGAGGAGAGGAAUGUUAUUAUGAUGACAAUUUUAUUAUUAGGCAGCCUAUUUACUAUGCUUUUAUAACUGACAAUGGGUAAUAAAUUAAUAAUAAAAAUAAUAAUAGCUUGGAGCUCUAUCUCUUCCUGGUGCUCUAACGUCUUUCUCUUUUUGAUACAGCUGAUAAUGAAUUGGAAAUUGGUGAUGAACUGAAAAUUAAUAAGGGAGACCAUGACAAAAUCCACACAGUGGAGAAGCCAUAUAAAUAUUUGGAGCGUGGAGAGAGCUUCAGUCAGAGUUCCCAUUCCACUUCCCAUCAAAGAAUUAAGAGCGGAAAGAAACCAAAUCAGUGCUUGGAAUGUGGAAAGAGCUUCAAUUCCAAGUGGAGUCUCACUUGCCAUCAAAGAAUCCACACUGGGGAGAAACCAUUUCAGUGCCAAGAGUGUGGAAAGAGCUUCAGGCAGAAGGAAAGUCUCACUUCCCACCAAAGAAUUCAUACAUUGGAGAAACCAUAUCAGUGCUUGGAAUGUGGAACAAGCUUCACCUGGAAGGAAAGUCUCACUUCCCACCAAAGAAUUCAUACAGAGGAGAAACCCUAUCACUGCACGGAAUGUGGAAAGAGCUUCAGUCGGAGCACCAGUCUCACUUCCCAUCAAAGAAUUCAUACAGGGGAGAAACCCUAUCACUGCACGGAAUGUGGAAAGAGCUUUAAUACAAGUGUAAGCUUCCGUCGGCAUCAAAGUAGUCAUCGUGGGGAGAAACCAUUUCAGUGCCAAGAGUGUGGAAAGUGCUUCAGUCAAAAGGGAAGUCUCACUGCUCAUCAAAGGAUUCAUACUGGGGAGAAGCCAUAUCAGUGCAUGGAAUGUGGAAAGAGCUUUUACCAGAGCUGCAAUCUCACUUCCCAUCAAAAGUCUCACAGGAUCGGGACACUAUUCUUUUGUUGAUGCAGCCUAGAAUAGCAUUAGGAAUCUUUUUGCUGCUGCUGCAUCAUUGUUCACACAUGUAAAGCUUGCAGUCCACUAAGACCCCUAGAUCCUUUUCACAUCUACUAUUGGCAAGCCGGGUGUCUCCCAUUGUAUAUUUAAGCAGCUGUUUAUUCCUGCCAAAGUGUGGAACCUGACGUUUGUCCCAAUUGAAAUUCAUUUUGUUAGUUUUUUCCCAGUUCUCCAAUUCUGUCUUCUGUGGCAUUAGCUACCCCUCCCAGUUUGGUGCCAUCUGCAAAUUUGAUGAGCAUCCACUCAGUUCAUUCAUUUAAGUUGUUUAUAAAGAUGUUGAACAACAACGGGCCCGGGACAGAUCCCUGCGGCCCCACUUGUCACUAUUUUCCAGGAUGACGAGGAACCAUUAAUGAGUACUCUUUGGGUUCAGUCAGUCAACCAGCUACAAAUCCACCUAACAGUCACCUCGUUCAGCCCAAUUGUAACAGGUUCCUCAUGAGAAUAUCAUGGGGGACUUAGUCAAAAAGCCUUACUGAACUCAAGAUACACUAUGUCCACAGCAUUCCCCUGGUCGACCAACUUGUUACUCCAUCAAAAAAAGAAAUUAUAUUGGUCUGGCAUGACUUAUUUCUGAGAAACCCAUUCUGGGUUUUAGUAGUCUAAGUUCUCUCAGACUGACAUCUGAAUUAUAUGUUCUAGGACUUUUCCUGGUAUUGAUGUCAAGCUCACCGGUCAGUAGUCACUUGGGUCUCCCCUCCCCCUUUUGAAGGUGAGGACAUUUGCAUGCUUCCAGGCUGCAGGGAUCUCACCUGUUCUCCAAGAAUUCUCCAAGAUUAUAGACGGAGGCUCUGAGUUUCCAUCUGCAAGCUCCUUUAAUACCCUUGGGUGCGGCUCUGCAGGCUCUGGAGAUCUGAAUUCAUUUAUAGUAGCUAGGUGUCCCCUUACUACCUCUUUUCCUAUCUUCAGCUGCAGCUGUCUCCUUGCAUCAUUGAUUCUGUUAUCAUCAGGUAGGGCACUGAUUUCUUUUGGGGGAAGACGGACGCAAAGUAGGUGCUGAGUGGUUCCAUCUUCUCUCAGUCACCCAACAGCAUUUCUCUGUCCUUUCCACGCAGAGGACCUACCACUUGCUUGUUCUUCCUCUUGCUUUGAACAUAGCUGAAUAAAACUUCUAAAAUUAUUUUCAAUCUCUCUUCCAAGCCUGAGCUCAUUCAGAGCUUUGGUCUGCCUAGACCGCCCCGCAACUGUUGGCUACUCGUGUAUACUCCUCCUUUGUGAUUUCUCCUUUCUUCCAUUUGCUAUACGCUGCCAUAGCAGUGAGACUGGUGGGAAUUUCAUUCCUCCGUGUUGCAGAUGUGUGAUUGUUGCUGUUACGCUUCUGUGUUUACAUUCCACAGUGUUGGAUGUCAUGGGAACGAAGUUCAGAUACGCUAUUUCCGUGAUAUUGAAUCAUAGAAUCAUAGAGUUGGAAGAGACCACAAGGGCCAUCGAGUCCAACCCCCUGCUUUUGCUUUUCUCUUCUCUUGCUGAUGAAGACAGUAAGAGGAGCCAUGUUUUCCUUUGUCCUGUAAAUAAUAAACAUAGUGCUUCGUAUCCAUGCCUCAAGCCUCACUUUCACUGUCUGUUGAUACUGCAUGCAGAUGCUUACGGAUAUCUGUUGCACCGGUGGCUCGGGAGGAAGAUCAAUCACUCGAGUGGCACUUCGAAGGGAGUAACACACCAGCCGUGGUGUUGAUUUCCCAAUAUAUCAGUACCAUAUCAGAUAAACUAUAUCAGUGCUUGGAAUGUGGAAAGGGCUUCAGUCAGAGGGUCAAUCUCAAUGGCCCUUCAAAGAACCCAUGGCAGGGAGAAACCCCAUAUCAAUGGCUGUGUGUGAAUUUAAUUUGAGGACACUUUAUGAAUAUGCAGGUGAGGGUUGCAACAGUGUUCUUCUCAUGUGACAAUCCAGCAAAAAAUUGACAUUGUCUCACAAAACAAUUGAGUGCACACACCCUCAGUGCCCAAUAUCUCUUCCUAGCCAGAUCUGUGAGGUGCAAGUCACUGGGCAAGGGGUUGAAUACCUGCUUCAUGUCACGUCUGCAAUUUGACAAGCAAUUCAUGUACUUCAGGAGCCUCCAGUUUACUAAUAUGUGGUGCUCCUGACCGCCACUGACAUCCUCAGCACGUCCAGGAUGUUGAUCAUGUCCCCUUGAAGCUCUGGUUUCUGCUCAACACACACACACAUCUUCCAGAAAAGCCAGAAGUUUCAGGCUUCCCUCUGUGAGAAGCGUAAGCUGAGGAUUCCCUUCCUGCUGUCCUUUGAUUAUUCAGAGUACAUUCCGAGAGGAUGCAAGAAGCAAAGGAUUGUUUCCAGGAUGAAGAAAGAGUUUUCUGUUUGUUGUACUUCAGAGGUGCUUGGGAGCAACAGCAAGCAGUCACACCCUGCUUUCCCAAGCCAGGUGGAAAAGGCCUGCAAGGCAAGGAGCAGAUCUCUCAAGAUGGUCCCUGGCCUCUCCAGCAACCUCUUCAGUGGAGACAGUGUGAGAGUACUGGUUGUUGUCAAGCAGGGUUGCUAGACUAGUAGUAGAGAAACAGCAUUGUAACACCCAUUGUAAUCAGGUGACAAAAAAAGGAGCAGGAACAUUUGAAAUCAUAAGUUUAUGUACCCAACAUUAUCUUGAAACCCUUGUGUGUUUGUUUUAAUAAAUCAGUUGCAUUCC